AUGGGCGAAGCACCAAAGCCAGUAAGCGGCGCGGCGAAAGCCCUAAUGGUCAAGGGCAUAGAUCUUAGCCAAAUCUACUCAGAGAAUGUACUUGCGAAGCUUGUUCAAGUUGCGCAGAAGAGUUCCAAACUUCAAGCACCACUCACCGCAUACCCCCAUACCGUUGCCCAGAGAGGACCCGAUGCAGGCCGCUAUGAGUAUCGAGAAGCCGAUUUCUGGACCUGCGGCUUCUUUCCAGGAUCUAUCUACACGCUCAUCGAGCGGUCGAUUAAAUUUCCAAGGGUAAUAGAUGUCCCAUCCCACCCACCUUCCCAAUUGAAAGACCAACUAUUAAACCUUGGACGCCACUGGUCGGUCGCAAUAAAUCACAUGUCCGGUCGAACCGAUACGCAUGACAUGGGAUUUAUCGUCCAGCCUGCCUUACAAAAAGACUAUGAACUGACGGGAAAUACUGAGAGCCUGGAGAGUGUUGUGAAGGCGGCCUAUGCGCUCGCUAGUCGCUAUGAUGAACGGGUCAAGGCUAUUCGCAGUUGGGAUGUUGCAAUCAACGACCGUUAUUCCAUAACCGAUAUGGAUGAGAACUUUCUUGUCAUCAUCGACAGCAUGUGCAAUCUUGAUCUUCUCUACUGGGUUGGUCACAUUCAGCAAGAUCAACGACUGAUACAAAUCGCGACUCAGCAUGCAGAUACUAUCAUACAUGAGAUUCUCCGUCCUGACCACUCAUCUUACCACCUUGUCAAUUUUUCACCCAAGACCGGUAAAGCACAAGCUAAAAUGACAAAUCAAGGGCACAAAGACGAUUCAACGUGGUCCCGUGGCCAAGCAUGGUCGAUUAUGGGUUUUGCGCAAACUUACGCUUGGACCAAAGAUACGAAGUACCUGUUCACAGCUAUAGAGUGUGCGAAGUACUUUUUGCGAAGAUGCGAAGAAGGCAACGGCAAAUGGCAUCAUCCACGAGUGCCAGCUUGGGAUUUUGAUGCGCCACAGGAGGACGAACAAGAGCCGCUAAGGGAUGUCUCUGCAGGAGUGAUCACGGCGAACGGUUUGUUGAUAAUCCACCAAGCACUACAAGCGCUACCCUCAGAAGAAGCCCAAAAUUUGGCAGGAGCAAAUACAGAUUUCCUCCAGGUGGCCCUUGCCAUAGUGGACGAAACUUUGGAUAUGGCUCUGGAUCGAGAUUUUGCGUCACUUGAACCCCGAACGACUGUUAACGGGGAUGGUGCUGCAAAUUCCAUACUAGCUGUAAAGGAAAGCAAGUUUGAGGCAAUCCUGAGACAUUCCACGGCCAACCACAACCAACACGCACACAAGCCGUACUGUGACCAUGGGCUAGUUUACGCAGACUACUUUUUUCUGGAGUUUGGGAAUAAGCUGCUCAGAGCGGGCUAUUUGUAG